AUGAAGCUAUUCCAGAUUGACGAUCCCCGUGAGGUCGUCCCGAUCGGUUGCCGACUACUGAAGCUGUUCGGUCUGGGACGUGACGAAAAGCUGAAGCUUCUCUACUGGGUCCAGUGUGUCUUUUAUCUGAUGUUUAGCAUUAUAUCACGCCUCUUGGUACCGAUCAACGAUACGAAAAUGUUGCUUAGGCUGGGCUCCGAGUUCGCCUUUGUCUCGUACCAAUACUCCCAGAUUUUGGGCCUGUAUUUUCGACGUCGCUAUCUGUAUCGGCUGGUGGAUUUGCUUCAAACCUGUAUAAACAAAGAGUACUCGGAAUCGAUCGAUCAAUUUGUGAUCAAAUCGAAUGCCAAAAUCCACAAACUGUCCAUAACCUGCUGCAAAUACUUUACCAUUGCGUACGUUCUGUACUGUACAAUGCCACUGAUAGCAUCGUCCGCUGUGUACGUACGCAACCAGCGCAACAGGACGGCAGAACCGGAAGAGUUUAUCAUUUCCAGCGAGAUAAACCUCUUCAACCUAAACAUUCGCUUCAAUCUGCUACACUUUUCGUUUUAUACGAUCGUUAUCUCUCUGUUAUCGUUAACAUCCGCUCUUUCACUGUGCAUCAAGGACAUAAUGGAUGUGGCCGCCAUCAAAACCACUUGCUUACUGUUUCAAACGACGGCCAUGCAGAUUCGCGAACUAAAAGAUCACAUCUCGCAGGCACAGCUAACCGCCGUCAUCAAGUCGCAUCGGGACACCUUGUUGUGCGCGCAAUAUCUGCAGGAAGCUCUCAAUCUAUCGCUUCUGUUUCAGCUCACGUUUUGCAGCUUGAUAUGGUGUCUGAUGAUGUUCUACAUUUUGUUGAUGGGGUUUGACUCAAGAAUUUUGAACGUUCUCAUACUACUGCUCAUAGUGACGGUAGAGACCUACACGUACUGUACACUCGGAACGCAGCUGACAGAUAAGGUAAGAAAUACACAACCGGAUGGGGGCAAAGCUAACGUCAUAUUUUUGCUUCAACUCAAGGGUGAAGAGGUCCUGAUGGCGCUCCAGCAGCUCGCUUGGUACGAUCAGUCGAUUCCGAUUCAAAAGCAGCUUCUCUUCAUGAUUCGACGCUCGCAGAAACCGAUCAUCCUAAGCGCUGGCAAGAUUUUCUACGCCAGUGUGCUGCAGUUCAGUGAGAUGGUGCAAAAGUCUUACUCGUUUUAUUUGGUACUGAAAAAUGUGUUUUAA